AUACCUACCAACGCGUUUCACAAAAGCCUGAGGAAGAAGGCUUUCUGCAAGGCGAUGAGUCCUCAUCAGACUCAUACACGAACUCAGCGCUGGGAUUGAGUUAUCGGAGGCAGCAGCGACUAAUUGUCGCGCAAUGGGCUCUCUUGGCUGCACUCCUGGUGGCCAUCGGAGUUCUUUGGAAAGGUCAAACAGUGCAAGAUUGUCCGUAUAAAAGUAUAGAUGGAACAGUACUAGAUCAUGUCUAUUCACCCGCCGAAAAGGCAAUCAGAUACAAGAACCUCGCCUUCACGCGCAGCAUCAGUCCAGACUUGACUAAAUACCAGGGACCUCCUACUCCAGAGAAUCUAGCAGCCUGGGAGGACCUUUACUCCUUUGGCAUAAGCAGGAUCCCUAUGAGCGAAGCGGCAAAACUGGUGAACAAAACCGUGCCUAUUCCCGAAUACCCAGGAGAAUAUGUUAUACAACUCGACGUAUUCCACCAACUCCACUGUUUGAACAUGAUCCGACUCAAAAUCUGGGCUGGUGAAGGACAUCAAGAUCUUGGCGUUAAUGAGACUACCAUGAUGGAUAUGGGCCAUAUCGAUCAUUGUAUUGACUCCAUGCGACAGAGCUUCAUGUGCUCAUCGGAUAUCUCGCCCAUUACUUGGAAGUGGUACGAGGAGACAAAUAACGCAAGAGGUCUUUUAACCACCCUACAUACCUGUCGUGACUUCGACGCAAUCAAGGAAUGGGCGCUUGACCACGAGGCAAAGACUUUUGACAUACAUACCCAUGUCCAUGAUCCGUUGGAGGACUAG